GCGCCGGGCGCCGCGGGGCCGCCGCCGCUGCCGCGCCGGGAGCGCAGGUGGGGCGAGUGCCAGGACACAGUUCUGCCGGUGGGCUAUGAGGCAGGAGUGGAGAUUUUGAUGCCUCUCCCAGGAGUCCCCAGAGCCAUGACUGCAACUGUGCAGACGCUGCGGUUCAAGCUGCUGCCGCACGAGCCAGGCCAGGAGUGGGGGCACAGCUGCCAGCAGGAAAUUGAGCGUCGCUACCAGGUGGUGCCCUCAGUGGUGUGCGCCAUGUGCUGCCUUUUUGGCAUCAUCUACUGCUUUUUUGGCUACCGCUGCUUCAAGGCUGUCAUGUUUCUGACGGGUCUGAUGUUCGGCUCUAUCAUCAUCUUCAUGCUCUGCUACAAGGAGCGGGUGCUGGACACACAGCUGAGCGUGGAGGCCUCAGUGGGCAUUGGGUUGGGCAUUGGAGUUUUGUGUGGGCUGGUCACCAUGCUGGUGCGCAGUGUUGGCCUCUUCAUGGUGGGGCUGCUCCUGGGGCUGCUGCUGGCGGUGGCCACGCUGGUGGUGAUGGAGCAAUUCUACCACCCACCAACGGUGUGGAUCCCCAUCGCACUGCUCUUGGGUGUGGGGAUGCUCUUUGCUGUCCUUACACUGCAGUGGCAGCGCUUCUUCACCACCCUCUCCACCGCCGUCUUCGGCAGCGCCAUCAUGACCGUCACUGUCGACUACUUCAUCGAGCUCUUCCUCCUGGUGCAGUACAUCUAUGAGCGCAUCAAGGUGGCCCCUGCUCGCCCCGUGUGCUGGUACAGCUGGGUCAUCCUGGGCAUAUGGCCGCUCCUCACCACACUGGGUGUCCUGGUCCAGUGGAAGGUCACAGCUGAGGGCUACUCCCAUACAGAAGUGAUCAUCAGCCGGCAGCAGCGUCGCGUGCAACUGAUGCGCAUCAAGCAGCGGGAAGACCGAAAGGAGAAGAAGAAGAAGCGGAGACCCCACCACCCACCACCCCACCAGCACAAAGCCCACCCCCCCGAGCCUGCUUACCGCCGCAAGCCCAACCCUGUGCGCCGCUUUGAUGGGGACGUGCUCUCCCCCGUGAGUCCCGCAGCCAGGAGCUACAUCCAGAGUUUCCGAGAGCGGCAGACAGGACCAUCGCUGAACAGCCUCAUCGCCAGCUCCCAUGCCGUGGUGGACCUGGACUAUGACUGCAGCUCCACCGUGCCCCUCACCUCGGGCUCUGGCCCUGCUGUGAGGGUAUAAGCCAACCCAGUGACCUCAAGCAACACCAGCACCCCAGCCUGCUCUGACAGAACCCCUGAGACAGGCAGGGCUUUGUCCUCGGCACCAAGUGGCCACUUGUGGCUUAGGGCUGCAGAUGGAAACCUUUCUUGGAGACACAUGGGACUUGUCUGGGGAAGCCCCAGCUGCCAGUGGGGCACAAAGGUGCUGGGGAAGCCCUUUGGCAGGGACUCAGCCCAAGGACCAGAACCCAUGGACGUGCAGUGCAAGUGGCUCUGCUGGGGUGGUGGGUCCCUGAGCCCCCACCUCUGUGCAUUACCCUGUGGCCCGGGCACGCUCAUCCUGCAUCUUAACGUUUCCCCAUAUUUGAGCCCCCCCUUCCCAGGAGCAGUUCCCCACCCCAUUGCACCCCAGCAACUCCCCAAGUGCCUGUCCCCUAUGUUCCUUCCUCAAAGAGCAGGUCCCAUGGCCCUUUUCCCAGCAGGGAAUCCCCCAAGCAUGUGAGCCCUGUCCCACCCUGUCCCCAAGAGCAGCUCCCAGGCAGUGCUUCCUAAAACCUGCCUCCUUAGAAGAUCCUCCUGCCCUAGCCACCUUCCCUACACCCCAGAGCGGCUUGCCACUCCUUUUUCCCAAGCUGGAACGGGGUGGUCCUGGGGCAGAGACUGCCACGGCCAGGUGGUUCCCAAGGUGAUGCUGGCAAUUGGUGCCUGUCCAGCAGGAGCUGCGCUGGCAGGGUGCAUCCCCCACAAAAUGUUUUGAUGGGAGACAGGACAUUGGCUCCAGCCGUUGGGCAAAGGCUGGGCUGCCUCAGGGAUGCGGGGACCCCUGCAGCAUCAGAGACCGUCGCUGUUUUGCUGGCGACUGGAUUUUUAUAGUGGCCAGGGGACCCUGGGGCAGGGCAGGGCAGGAGCCCCUGCCCAGAGCACUGCUGCGGGCAGAGGCUCACGCCUUGUAUAUAUUUCUCUUGCUGUGAUUUGUAUUAACUUAUUACGGAGUGAGCCAGAAUUCCCCAUGGCCAGGCAGGCAGGAUGGUGGUGAGACUGGACCGGGGAGCCCUCUGCUUUGGGAGCACCCCCAGCCCAGCCCAGCUGGCCCCGCUGCCCCAGGAACUGCAUGUUUCUGCCAGGCACCCCGUUCCCGCAGCGUUGUGCUGCCAUCCCCCUUUUCAGUCUCUUUUGUAAAUGUGCCAAACGCUGUUGAGGCCUCGGCCACACAGUAAAGAGCCUUUCGGAGU